AUGAAAAUGCGAGACGAUCGUCCAGAGGAGUGGCCUCCACUCUUAGAUAAACGCCAAAUCCAGGAUAUGGUUCAUGGCCCAAUCUGUUUAUUUCAUCCAUUGGAUCGGAUAGUGGAUACGAGAGAAUUUCAACGUCUCCGAGAUCUGAAACAACUAGGAGUCACCUACUUGGUGUAUCCUUGUAGCACUCAUAGCAGAUUUGUACAUAGACCUAUUGGUUGGCUUUCAAAUUCGUUGAGAUUCUCAAACGGGAUCCUUACAUUGAACAUUACUGGGCAGGAUCAUCUCUGUGUGUCCUUAGCGGCACUAUGUCACGAUCUUGGUCAUGGCCCAUUCUCACAUUUAUUUGAUGGAGCUUUUCGGGAGGCCUCCAGAGCAGCUAAAUAUACGGACUCAAAUGGACGUUGGCUGCCUCGUGGUCGUUCAGUGGAAAGGUCAUUUCUGUUUGUUAUCGUUGCCAACGACAACGAUUCCUGUGAUGUGGAUAAGUUUGACUAUCUCGUCAGAGAUUCACUCAGCGCCGGUAUCCCGAUCCCUCUGAACAUGCACAGCCUUGAAAGAUUAAUGGAAAAUGCUAAAGUACUGCCGGAUCCCCACCGUGGAUAUCACCGGAUAUGCUACGCUAAAAAGGUUUGA